AUGACCGAGGGGCUGCUGAGCUGUUGUAGAGGGGCGAGAGGCCACAGCACCGACACACUAAGUGGUGGUGGUGGGUGGUGGGGUGGUGGUGGCGGUGGGUGGUGGUGGUGGGUGGUGGUGGUGGGUGGUGGUGGUGAGUGGUGGUGGUGGGUGGUGGUGGUGGUGGUGGUGGUGGUGGUGGUGGUGGUGGUGGUGGUGGUGGUGGUGGUGGUGGUGGUGGUGGUGGUGGUGGUGGUGGUGGUGGUGGUGGUGGUGGUGGUGUGUGUGGUGGUGGGGUGGGGGUGGUGGGUAGUGGUGGUGGGUGGUGGUGGUGGGUGGUGGUGGUGGGUGGUGGUGGUGGUGGGGUGGGUGGUGUGGUGGGUGGUGGUGGUGGGUGGUGGUGGGGGGUGGUGGGGGGGGUUGGGGGGGGGGGGGAAUGGGGGGGUGGUGGUGGGGGUGGUGGGGGGGGUGGUGGUGGUGGUGGUGGUGGUGGUGGUGGUGGUGGUGGUGGUGGUGGUGGUGGUGGUGGUGGUGGUGGUGGUGGUGGUGGUGGUGGUGGUGCCGCUGCAUCGACCGUUGCUGAAGGUGGUGAGAAUGGAAGAGGGAAGAGCAAGGAAAUUUUAG